AUGGAUACUGGUGACACUGUUGAUGCUUCCAAGAUUGCUAAUAAACUAUUUGCAGAGGAGAUAUCCACUGCCAAACCAUCAGAGAUUACUCAAUUUUUAGCUGGUGAUGAUCCUGAAUCAACUGAAAUUAGAACCAUUUAUUUUAAUAAUUUUCAAUGGCCAGCUAAUUUACUUAGCUCUAUGCGCUUACUAUGCUCCAAAUUAUACCUUAAAGCUGAAUCACAAGAGUUGGAUCGUAUUUUAUCAUCUUUUGCUCAAUCAUAUUUACAACAACAUCCGCAAAAUGUCUUUUGUACGCAAAAUUUUGAACAAAUUUAUGUUAUUGUUUACUCGUUAAUUUUGUUGAAUACUGCUUUACACAAUCUGGAAUUGAAUAAAAAGUCACGUAUUCGUCAAUCUGAUUUUAUUAGAAAUACAUUGUCGACUUUUUUACUGCAAGAUGCAAAAUUGAUGAAGAGUUUGUCAACAAAGCAGAAGUUAUCUAUCGAAGUAACAUUAUCGGAUUAUUAUGACGAUUUGGUAAAGAAUGAAUUGAUUUUGAAAACCGAGACUUCAACACCUUUGAAUCGUCUUUCUCGGGCUAGUAAGGACGAGGAUAAUUCGACAAAUAUCACGACAACCACAUUGACGACAAGUACUGAUGGUAAUGCCGAUUUGGACCAUAACUUAACCAGAAAAAGUUCAAAUUCAUCCAUUUGGUCUACUGAUACCAGCCAACAGCAUAACCAGCAUCAUAGCCAACACCAGCAUCAACGAUUUACCAAUGGAUUGAAAAGGAUUACAACUGCGACGUCAACAGUAACUGCACAGACAACACAAACGACAUCUACAGCGGCACCUGCAAGGGUUGGACUUGCAAGAGCAUUGGCAGGACUGGUGGUACUUCAUGAACAGUCCAUGUAUAAACACUCUAAUCACUCCUUAAUGUCACAAAGGUCUUCACCAGCUUUACGUCAUAGGACUUCUUUUGAUCAAACUAACAAGAGAACUUCCGUCAUUUCAAGAAAAGUUGACGAUACAAUGUCGGUAUUGUCUUUGGACAUUGCUGGACCAAAUUGGGAAGAAGAUCAAAAAGACAUGGAACAAUUUGAUGUUGACGAUUAUCAAGAUGAAUAUGAUUUGGAAUUGGAAUUGAACGGAAGUCCCUAUCUUAAAGAAGGUUUAUUAAAGUUGAAGAUUUUAAACAAUGAUUCUGUUGAUGAUGGCUCCAUCACUCAACAACCCCAGGGAAAUCGGUUCUUUUCAUUUUUCCAUCACUCAAAAAAUAUCAAUGCAUUGAGUAAAUUUGUUGAUCAUUUUGUUGUUGUAUCUAAAGGCGAAUUGUCGCUUUAUUCAUUUGACCCCAAAGUUAUCAAGAAGCACAAACGUGAAACUGAAGUGGAAGACGAUAUUGGGGAUGGUAACUGGCUACGCAAUGCAGUGAAGCUAGGCACGUACAAUCUUUGCUCCACUUUUGCCUGUUUAGACAAACUGCAAGCAGGUAAAGUGUACUGGACAUUAACAUUCCCGCAAGUCACCAAGAAACCUGCCAAGAAAUUCAUCUUUGAGGCUGGAACCAAAGAAAUUGCCUUGGAAUUUGUCAAUACUUGUAACUUUUGGGCGGCCAAAAUAUCAGCCAUUCCGACGUUGGAAGAAAGUGUAUCUUCCGAAGAAUAUGGAUGGGUCAAUUUAAACCAUUUGAUAAAGACUAAGAAGUCAUUUAAAAAGUUGAAAAAUAUUCAAAAAUGGGAGCCUGUAUUGCAAGGAGUGUAUAUAUCGAACUUGUCCGUCAACGAAGAAGCAAACCAUUGGGGUAUGAUGAAUCAAUUUGUUAAAACGUCAAGCUACUACAACCAUUUGAAAAAACUGUAUCGUGACUUUACUCAUUUGAAACAGAAAUUUAUUGAAAAUUUCCCCAAAGCACAAUAUAAUGGAUCCAAUUACACUCGAGUCAUAAACAAUUUUGAUGCCAAGAUUGAACAUUACAAGCAUCAAUUGAUGGUGUAUCGAAGCUAUAUAAUCAUCUUGGGGUUUGCAUUACAAUUGCGAUUUGAUUUACACGAAGAAAAGAAACUACAAGCUAGAGAUAAACUAGAUGCGAGCUUAGAAGAUGAUUCAUCUCAUCAUAGUUUAAUCGACAAGGUUGAACAAGAAGAUGAUGAAUUGACAAAAUUGGUCAAGAGUGAGAUAAAGAAAUUAUUUUUCAACAUGAAGGAUAUUGGAAAUAUCAUCCCCACUUUUAAAUCAUCAAAAUCGAUAAAAAACAUUGCCAAGCUACAAGAACAACAUCAAUUGGAACAGAAUAAAUUAGUGAAAUCACCAAAAACUUUUACAUUGUCUAAUUUGAAGGAUAAUGAGUCGCCUAUUGCUCAAUUGAUUGCUACUUCGAAUCAAAGCUCGAGUCCACCAAGAAAGGAGUCGGUGAUGGAGACCACAAUCACCGAGGAGGAUGAAGAGGAAGAUGAAGAGGAGGGGAAGAAGACGGGAGUGGAGCAAAUGCAAGAACAGCAAGUGGGUGGAAAGGAAGCUGCAAUUGCGAGUAAUGAUGUAGCAGUAACAGAAAUUGCCAGCAAUGGAAAAGUACCAAGUGACGUUAUCGAUGAUGAAGAAGAGGACACGGCCAAUGAAAUCAAAGCUCAAUUGAGUAGAAGAGACUCCGAAAACACUAAAGUCGAACAACAAAGUAAUGUGUCAGGUGAGGAACAACAACAACAACAACAACAACAACAACAUGAUGGCGAUUACAAUGGCGAUGCUACUGGUGGCUCGCCCGUUUCAAGUAUAAAGAAGCCAAAUUUGGAGAUUGCCACUAAUGAAGUUUCUGCAUUGGUUAUUUAG